CGGGAAACGAACGAAAUGGUUUACGAUCCUGGUAGACAGCAGACAUUAAAUGUGUCUGUGUGUAAUAAAAAUGUGUUGGUGUAUCGAUGAAUCUGAGUCGUCUGCGUGUUAGUGACUAGCUACCAGACUCCACCAGACAAUAUUUAUCUCACAAAAAUGUCAAAAUUGAUAAUAUUUCGAUUGGUAAUCAGCGUUUGUUUGAUUUUAUUGAUUUGUCAAUGUGCGUCGGCGAACAAGUACUCAGCGGAAGCUAAUAAAGCCUCGAAGUCUAAUAAAAAUGGUAAAAAAGUACCAGCAGCUUCUGGUGGGGAAAUUCCAGUUCCAACCUCAAUACGGGAACUGGACAAACCGUACAGAAUGGCCAAACUAAAUUUAUUAUGGACUAAGGCUAAACAUCGUUUGACUGAUCCCAAACUUCAAUCAUUGUUCAGUGAAUUGAAACUUCAUGAAAAAGCAGAAUUGGCUUAUAAACAUUAUCAAGCCGAUGGAAAAGAUAAAGAAGGACUAGAAGAAGCUCGACUUAGGAAAAAGUUGAUUGGUAUUAUGAGUACGUACGGUUUAUUGGAGCACUUUGUCGCCAGUGAGGAUCCCGCAUUACUUAAACACCAUAAACCCCUAAAUGACGGAAGUAACUACGUUGCCAAAGAUGUAUUUGAAGAUAAACGCCUUAACCAGCUGUGGGCUAAAGCUGAGAAAGCUGGAUUCACAGGUGAAGAACUUGAAGCUCUGAAAGAGGAAUUCACUCAUCAUCAAGAAAAAGUUGAUGAAUACAUGAGUCUUUUGAAGGAUGUUGGCGGUCCAGAUCCCGACGCCUAUAAAAAUAGCGUAGACGAGGAACAUGAAACGUGGAACGAAAUUGACCAUAAAGAGGAAGAAUCCAAUGCAGUGCCUCUAAAAAAUGCUGAUUACAUCGCUAAAGCAAACUUACUCAGAGAAAAACACAUGGAAAUAAAAAGCGGAUAUGAUAAUCUUCAUAGAUUGACUGCACAAGGAAAAAAUCAUCAGGAAUUCGUGGAACCGAAGGUUGAGGGCUUAUGGAGAAUUGCAAAACAAGCACAAUUCACCAGAGAUGAACGUGCCUCGUUAAAAGAGGAACUUCAUCAUUACGAAACUAGAUUAUUAAAGUUGCGUCAUCUACACACCGAGGCAGCUCUGGAAGCGGCACGAAAUGGGAAAAAAUACGAUCCCGAUAACUCAACAAAGCACAAUAUAAAGAAACAUGCACGAACUGUUGAAAAAUUACACGCCACUAUCGAGUCCAAAAUUCUCGAACGCCAUGUAGAAUUAUAAUCUUGAAUUUUUAUGUGAUAUUCUAUAAAAAAAUUUUAUUUCAUAUCUAUAACAGAAGUUAAUAAAUAUUUUAAAGUAUUCUACAA